UCACAGACUCGAACACUCGCGGGUCCCCGCAAUUUCUAUCUAGUUAUCCACAUCGCCAUUAAAUUUCACCGGUUUCUUCAAUUUCUUUCAACGAUACUGUCAGAUCAUUUUUCAUGACUUUUUCUUAAUGUUGUUCACAGUAAAAAAAGAAGUCCUAGAAGAGAUUAACGUUGACCACGAAGGAAAAAUUAUAGAGCAUGAUAAAAAAUUUUUCUCUACACAAGUUCUGAAUAAGAAAAAGGAACUUGACUUGACAAAAAAAAAGUAAAGCUAGCAUUGCACAGACUAAAAAGAAUCGAUCCAUGGAUAUCAGCGAACAAAAAUACCUGAUGAACAUUGCCCUCAGUAAGCCACAAACACCCAACCCAAGUGGCAGACCAUCAGCAAGCCUUACCCUCCGUCGCAGUCCUCGAUUUAGUCCCAAUUCCACUCAUGAAGACGAGGCUCCUGGAAUUCGUCAAAGAAAAGAGCCACGACCGAGUACUUCAAUGAUUAAUAAGCCACAAAUGUCAGAAUCAAGUGAUGACUCAGAAUCGGAAGAAUCAGAUGGAGAUGGACUGAUUACGGGCCCGAUAAUGGAGGAAGAUUCUCUCGCAGGUGCCUUAGUUCCGAAGGAAGUAACUUUAAGAGAUAUCCAUUUCCAACGGAAGCUUCUGACAGCCAUGGAGAAACGAUUCAGAACGGAUGCAGGAAAGUCUACGAAUGCUCAAGUGUUUACUGAUUUUGAGAUCCCAGAUCAAUUCACACAGCCAGGAAAAAACAAGGUGGAAACAGCUCCAGGAUCGUAAAUAUAUUUUCCACAAUAUCUAAAAUAUAACAUCGAACUUAAGUGCCUUGAUUCAAAAACUGGUUCAUUCGAUUGGAAUGAAGCUCUGAAGGCUGCAAUGUUGGAAAUCUAUGGUGAUCGAAUAGCAGACUUCUCUGCUAAAGGAACGAGGUUGGGGUCGAGGCCGAAAAUAUCCGAAAGAGUUUAUGAUGCUGUAUACGGUAAGUAAAAAAAAUACCGCCAAAAUUCAAACGUAAGUAAUUGUCGAUGAGUUAUUGGGAUCUCCGGCAGGGGACUACGCGCUCUAGCGGUUGAAACCGUGUACUAGUAAGAGAGAGUUGAUGUCUGUCAUUUGACUGGGCGAGCAAGUAGUUCAAAUUAUUCCACCACAACUAUCAUUUAUUUAAACGUGAAUUUUUAUUAUAGUGAUAUUUUUGCAUUAUCUCAUUAAAUUUUCUUGAUUGAACAUUAUAUUGUAUUAAUAAUGGAGUUUCCUGAAAAACGCAAUAAAAGUAAAACCUUUUGUUGCGUGUAUGGAUGUUACAGCAAAGCCUG